AUGGAGAAGAAGAAGACGACGCAGAAGGUGGUGGCGGCGGAACAGCCAGCAGACGAUCCAAACCCACACUGCGUGGAGGUGCUGGGUGCUUUCGUGAAACGCCUGGUUUCCACCAACCAGAUGCUCACCCUCUCCGUCGCCCAGCUCUCGGCUCUCAUCGACUUCGAGCUGCGUGAACUGCGCAGUCUCUACUGCGAAUUGGGCUUCCCCCCGGUCCCGUCUGACACCACUUCCGAGCAGUGGCUUCUAAGAAUUCGAGGCGACAAGCUUCCGCCCGCUGCGCAAGCUGACCGCGCUGAAAGUGAGGAGGAUGACGUCGCGGAAGAAGAAGAAGUCGGAUCACCCACGGACGAGGCGACUUCGCAGACUCUUGCGAAGCAGUCGGAGCAGAAGUUCCCGCCUGCCGUUUCCCCUCCCGCCCCCACCAGCAUUGCCCCCUUCGCAUUUUUCGUCAGACACGUCGGGGAGACCCUUCGGAGGGAGCACAAAGCGCGUCUUGGACACAGCGUCUCGGACGCCUGGCUGGAGGAGAAGCUCUCGGCCAAGUGGACCUCGCUGAGCAGUGAGGAGAGGGAGGCCUGGGAGCGUGCUGCUCGGCUCGCCUCGCAUGAAUGA